UGUUGGUGUGCUAGUCGUACCUAUACAAUUGAAUCGAACGCGUCCGUUCGAACGGAAUCGUCAGUGUUCGAUACGUGUUCUGUUGGUGUAGAAAUCGUAUCUAUACGAUUGAAUUCAUCGAACGCGUUCGAACGGGUUCGUCAGUGUUCGAUACGUGUUCUGUUGGUGUGCUAGUCGUACCUAUACAAUUGAAUCGAACGCGUCCGUUCGAACGGAAUCGUCAGUGUUCGAUACGUGUUCUGUUGGUGUGGAAGUCGCACCUAUACCAUUGAAACGAACGCGCCCGUUCGAACGGGUUCGUUAGUGUUCUUUUGGUGUGGAAAACGUACGUACACAACUUAACUGAUUUCAUCAUUUUGACCCAGAGUUACACAGCAUAUUGUAUUGAGCGUGUAUGAUAUUGUGUAUGACAAGGUGUAGGUAAGUGUUAAGAAUAUUGGUGACAUUUUUGCGUCUAUUUUGCGUCUUUGCUCAGUUAUGACAAACUUCUGCCAGAGAGCAGAUAGGUCAAGUGCGUAAUCGCUGUUAAAAACGUGGAAUUGUUCUUAAAGCUCUUAGAGUUGUGUAGUGUUGAAUUAGCAUCAAAUAUAAGAUGGCUGAAAAUUGUGGAUACAAAAGUCCCAUCUGGAAUCAUUUUAAAAAGAUGGAAAAAGGCGCGAAAUGCAAGUAUUGCCUGGCAGUAUUAAGCUUUUCGAAAAGUACUACUUCAAAUUUGAAGCGUCAUUUAUUCACCAAACAUCCAACAGUGCCUUACCUAAACCAGCCACCGCGAAACUCCCCAAAUGAUAUAGCUAAUGCUUCCGCAUCGAAUGAAACCCCAGCAUCCGGUUCAUGCUUGGAUAAUGAAGGCGAAACAAGUAUUCCAUCUUCAACGAACUCUAUUUAUAAUUAUUUACAUAAACCAGUGAGUCAGGAUACAAAAAGGCAGCUUGAUAGGAUGCUUUUAGAUUUUAUAACUAAGGAAUGUCUUCCGUUUUCAAUUGUCGAGAGUAAAGCAUUCCAAAAAUUCUUGCUUACACUUAAUCCUAAUUACACACUACCUAGUAGGAAGACGGUAUCCAACGCAUUAUUGCCAAGUGUGUAUAAUGAAGAGAUGGAAAAAGUUAAAAAAAAUGUAGGAUCAGCAAAAACUAUUGCAUUGACGUCGGAUGGUUGGUCAAACAUGAAUAACAUUAGCUUUCAUGCACUGACUGCCCAUUACAUAGAUGAGAGUCUUAAAUUGCAAUCAAAACUUCUUGAAUGCUCUGAAUUUAAAGGGUCGCAUACAGGUUCUCAGAUCGCCUCGUGGAUCACCGAAGUUUUAAAAAAAUUUGAAAUAGAAAAAAAAGUAGUUGCCAUAGUGACCGACAGCGCUAAAAAUAUGAUAGCAGCUGCCAAUAAUUUAAAUUUCCCACGUAUACCUUGUUUUGCGCAUAAUCUAAAUCUGAUAGUACGAAACUCCAUAGAAAAGUCUAUCCUUACAACAGUUGAUGAAGUUAAACGAGUGGUCAUGCAUUUUAAAAAAAGUAAUAUAGCAUCAGAAAUGCUUGCUUCAACUCAAAAAAAAUUUAAUCAUGAAAUACUUAAACUAAAAAAAGAUGUCCCAACUAGAUGGAACUCGUCAUUUGACAUGAUGGACAGAUUCAUUAAAAAUAAAAUACCCAUUCUUUCGUGCGUAGAUAGCUUAAAAAUGAAAACCAACUUGUCACCCACUGAUUGGGUAAUUAUCGAGCAAUCAUUGGAGGCACUCAAAUAUUUUUCAUCAGCAACUAAAUUAGUUUCGGCGGAGAAACAUACGACCCUUUCACACGUUGGCUUAUUAGCUAAUGUAUUAUUGCGUAAAACUUCAACUUUACUAUUAAACAACGAAUUAGUCCCAGAAGUAAAGACUUUGAUAUCUUUACUAGUUGAAAACACAGAAGAAAAACUUAAAGUGUAUAGAGAUAACCAUCAAAUUUGGAAAGCAAUGUUCCUAGAUCCACGUGUGAUGAAAGCGGGGUUUCAGAAUGAACCCGAUAAACUAAAAAAAACACAUGAUUUGAUACUAACGGAUAUGCUUCCCCUUCAGGAGAGCAAACAAAUAUCGGUAAGAGAGGAUGCUUUCAAAUCUAAUACUGAUGCAAACUUAUUAUAUGGCGACAUAGUGUGUCAUUCUGAAUUGGAAACAUCUUAUACUCUUAGGGAACUUGCGGAAGACGAAAUUAAUUUGUACCUUAAGGUAAAUCCAAUUGCAAUGGAACGAGAUCCUCUAUCAUGGUGGCAAGCAAAUCGUAUGAAAUAUCCAACAUUGUACAUUUUAGCAAUGGAAAACCUUUGCAUACCAGGUACUUCGGUGCCUUGUGAGAGAGUUUUCUCCAAAGCAGGCCAGAUAUUUUCAGAAAAACGAACAAGAUUACUACCUAAAAAACUACACGAAUUAGUUUUCUUACAACACAAUUCAUAAUAUAUUCUUUUUAUUUCUCCUCUUAGUAAGAUAGUCAAGGUAUAGUUGAGCUUUUUUUUUAAUAAAAUUUUUGUUAAGAGUUAAUAAUUGUUAAACAUAAUGAACUAUGAAAUAGUUUUAAACACAACUAAAUGAAUGAUAAAUUUUGCACUAUGAUAUCAACUAGUAUGUGUAAAUAUAUUGUAAAAUUGAAAAUAAGACAACGCGUUUGUUAGUUACACUUCUUGUUUGCUUUUGGUUCACGCGCUGUUGAAUACACUUCUGCAACUUUACUAUGCAGCAAUCAUUGGUUAAUGCAAAUUAGUAAUGUAGGCUAAAUAACGAAUCAAUAAUUUGUUAAUAAAAAAUCACGCAAGGGAUAUGGCUGGGUCAUAUUCAAUAAAAAAUGAACGAUAGAAUCGCCGUUCGCGUUCGGUUCUUUUUACUGAGCGAACUAGUACGCUCGCG